AUGUCCACCGUCACUGAGACGCAGUCCACUCGCAGGACUCGGCGGACACAAAAGGCAAAAGCGGCCAGCAAAGAGGGCAACGGUACGAGCAAAGAGCUGGGGCAGAGCCUGCAAGACAAGUUCUUCUGGACAUACACGGAGGAGCCUCAUCGAACACGUCGGCAAGCAAUCAUCAAGGCACAUAAGGAGAUACUCCAGCUAUGUGGCCCCGAACCGCUCACAAAAUACGUGGUGGCGUUCGUCGUCUCGCUACAGAUCAUAUGUGCAUAUCUCCUCAGAAAUACUCCUUUCUUCUCAUGGACUUUUUUCCUUACAGCAUAUAUCAUUGGAGCGACAGCAAACCAGAACCUCUUCCUUGCCAUUCAUGAAAUCAGCCACAAUCUAGCCUUCCGGACAGGCAUCUACAACCGGCUCUUCGCCAUAUUCGCAAAUCUCCCCAUUGGAAUUCCAUACUCAGCAGGCUUCCGACAGUAUCAUUUGACUCACCACAAGUCUCUAGGUGUGGAUGGCGUGGAUACCGAUUUGCCUACGGCUUUGGAAGCGAUACUCCUCGACUCGGUCGCAGGAAAGGCAUUCUUCUGCACAUUUCAACUCAUAUUCUAUGCAAUUCGACCGAUGAUGGUUUACAAGAUACCAUUUGGACCGAUUCACUACUCAAAUAUUGCGGCUCAGAUAAUCUUUGACCUUGUCAUUCUCCGAUGGCUCGGCUGGAAAGCUAUGACCUAUCUUCUGCUCAGCUCCUUCCUGGCCGGAUCGCUUCAUCCAUGCGCCGCCCAUUUCAUCUCCGAGCACUAUGUUUUGGCAAAAUCGAGCUUCGAGCCAGGGAAGAUGCUGAAGGAUGUGCCCGUGCCAGAAACCUUUUCCUACUACGGCCCAUUGAAUGUACUCACCUACAAUGUGGGAUAUCACAAUGAGCAUCACGAUUUCCCGGCUAUCCCGUGGACCCGGCUGCCCCAGGUCUUCGAGAUCGCGAGGGAAUUCUAUGAACCGCUGCCAUGUCAUAGAAGCUGGCCACUGGUGCUGUGGCAAUUCAUCACGGACAAAGAAGUUGGCAUGUGGUGUAGGGUCAAGAGAGCCGAAGGCGGAAGGAUUGUGGGGGGAUGGCAAGAAGAUGAAGUGCAAGGUUGA